UACCUCUAAAGCGCACUUAAAGGUCACAGCCCUUCCAGAGAAAACCGCUGCAGACACAGUAUUUUUUCUUUCCUUUGUAAGUGUGAUGGCGUCUGGCUUUCUCAUCUUUAUUCUUGCUACCUCCGUUGUGGUGUGUUCCUCUCACGUCAGCAACACAGACUGGCAGGAUGCUGUGGUGGCUAGAGAGGGCACACCUACCACCUUAGUCUGUACGGAUACAGGAGUAGGACGUUCUGUAGCCAUCAACUGGAUGGUGAAGUUACCCGGAGAGCGUGAAUGGAGACUGGUUCUUUCAGCCGAUGAAAACAAAAAGUUCUCUGGUGGUGCUUCCAAGGCAUCCAUGCAAUUGUCUGACCCCAACUUUCAAGACACUGGGGUUUUCUCACUGUCCUUCGUGCCCACAGUGGAAGACAGCGGCCAUUACUUGUGCUUGAUAAAGCAUCAAGAGAUGACCCUGAAGGAGAAGAUCAUCCCCUUAGCCAUCCUCCAAGUCGGGAUCACCCCUGCUGCACCCGUUCCUCAGCAUAGCACCCUGCGGCUGAUUGCCAGAGUUACUCCUGACUCUGCCGUCACCAAAAUCACCUGGGCAGCGCCUGGCGACAUUUCCAUGAAGAGUGAAAGAAACAAUGGCACAGUCACCAAACUGCCACAGGUCCAGACCAGUGACCACGGUGUCUAUGUCUGCACGGUCCACACCUGGGGCAGCGGCAGCAGCAGCGGCAGCAGCAGCGGCGUUGCUUUUGCUGUGAACGUGACCGUUGACGCUAACAAAGUGGCCUCAUUCCCCAAUGUAACAUAUGCCCCCGAGAUCUCGACUGCCACUCAGGCUCUGGCACCGUUCUCCCUGACCUGUACUCAUGCCCGGGGGGACUAUAUCAUGCUGCACUGGAGUUCCCCAAAUUCCAAGCAGAAGAAUUGGAAACUGGUGUUCCAGUACGACCGCUGGAGGGGUUCCUCCCUACUGACUGAGCGAAGCCGUAGACUCAAACUGGCUGGUCCACCCUAUAACGCAGAGACUGGGAGCUUCUCCUUUCUAUUCACCCCUAUGUGGGAAGACGGCGGUCUCUACCGCUGUGAAGUGUUCCUCAAUGACAACAUCAGCAUCCAGCAGACCUGGCUCACCGUUCUGAAAGUUAAAACCAGACGUUACCCCUCGAAGUUGGAGUUGGACUGCUUAUACACAGAACCGUCCCAAGUUCAAAGUGCACACUGGAAACACAACAAUACGAGUCGCAAACUGCAUAUGGAAAGCAAAGGCCCUGGGAUCAUCUCCACCAUUCUGCCCUUACCUCUCACUCCAAACAUAACAGGCAACUACACCUGCAGCUUGCGUCUGAAAAAUGGGCAGGUCGUCUCGGCCGCUCAAACUGUCCGGCUGCCUUCCAAAGAGCUUCCCAUUGUCAUCAUCCCCUCCCUGCCCGCUUCUCUCUCUGCUUUAUUACUCCUGGUGCCCCUGGUUGCUGCAGCUGUCGGUGUGUUGCUAUGGAGACGGAAACACAUUUCUGAUCGCGGCAUCGAGCAGUCUCUGUCCGUCCACUCGGGUGAAACAGAAAACAUCUAUGAGAAUCCUGACAAUAUCAGACAGGCUCCUCCCCAGGGUUCAGUCUACAUGGAUUUGAAGCCAAGAGGAGAGGAUGAUGUCUAUAAGGAACUGGAGCAGUGAGCAAAAAGGGUUGCAUCACCUGUGCAUGCUUUUGUAUGGGGAGCUGUCUGUGUGUGUGUGUGUGUGUGUGUGUGUGUGUGUGAGAGAGUGUGUGUGUGUGGUGUGUUCAUAUGUGUCUGCACUGUCACUCGUCUGCCCAACACAUCCUUCUCACACUCACCAAUCAGACUGGCCUGAACAUCACUCUGACAUUGUGGCAUAAUAUCACGCCACGCGGUGACAGGCAGCGCUCCUUCGGCCGUGUGUUGUUAUUGCGUGGGCUGUCUGUGUUUGUGUUUAAGGAAUAAUAAAAGAGACUAUGGGAUGGGAAAUUUUUGUGUGAGGGUUUGUCUUUGCGCUCUGUUUUCCGAUACGAGCAGUGUCACAGCUGAUCACCAACCCACAUCUCAUCUUCAUCCCGCUGUCACAUCCGCUCAGUUCCCAGCUGCAGCAGAAGGCCUUUAUAAACAGAAAACAACAGAAUGUCAGAGUGUGGACAUGAAGAAAUUUUUCAGCAAAUCGGGAAAAUUGUACCGGAGUGAUUUAAAAGUUUUGUCCGAUUUUAUAAGCUGUUGCUCUUAUGAAAGGUAAAUAUUUUCUUGUAAGGCUCUAAAAUUGAACCACAUAUGGGUUAACAUACUAUAUUGUCUUCUCACUAUUGUAUUUUAUUUUAUUUUAUUUUAUUUUAUUUUAUUUUAUUUUGUUUUAACUGGUAUGCAUAUGCUGUAACUGAGUAUAGACAUGUCUAAAUAAAGUUUUGUCUGGCUUA